AUGAUCGGCUUCCAAAAUAAAGAUCUGAUCGGCCUCGACACGCCGCAUAACGACGCCCUUGUCAUCAGCAUUCAAAUUGCUCAGGCCAUGGUCGACCGAAUUCAUGCAGAUGAGGGCAGCGCAGCCAAUAUCCUACAGCUGGCGGUCAUCCAACAGAUGGGCUUGGAGACAAAGAUCAACAAGUUAGCUAGAUCGCUGACUGGCUUUAAUAGUGCAACAACGAUUACCGUGGGCACGAUAAACCUCGACGUUUACUUCCCACCUGUGAUCAGCUUGCAAACAUUCAUGGUCAUUAAUGAGGUCUCACCCUACAACGGCAUCCUGGGCAGACCAUGGAUUGGCAAGAUCAAUGCCAUCACCUCCGCCACACAUCAGAAAAUUCGGUACCCAAUCCCUGGGGGUGGUGUCGGCUAA